UCGAGUUUAUACAGUUCAGCCCACAUAUCAAUCAAGGCAGUUGCAGGAAUCAAAUGGUCUUCAGGGAAUGAAGCCAAGUCUUUGAAACAUUCCUUGAUAAUGGGAGUGUUGUCUAAUGCAUCUAGACUUCUUUGA